AUGCCUGAGACUCCGAAAAGUGAAGACGCGACCGGGCAGACGGUGGACACUGGAGGCACGCAGCUGGCGAAUGUUCUGAGUGCGCUAACGGAACGAUUAGAAAAACUAUCCACCAUGGAACCAGCAGCGGCCUGCUCAGUCCCGGAGAAGUACAAUGUUGGAGACAAGUUUCAGCGGUGGGAGAAGCAGGUGAAAAUAUAUGUUGAAAAUUUUCCACCUGAACGUCAUCCCAAUUUGGUGUUAUCUUUACUCGGUGGAGAGGCCUUCGAUGACCGAUGGUGA